AUGCGAAGUUCCGACGGCGGCGGCGACAAUGAUAGUAGCGGCGGCGACAAUGAUAGUAGCGGCGGCGACAAUGAUAGUAGCUGCGGCGGCGGCUGGGGUAGCGACUCCCGAGAGAUGUGGUACCUAGCUUGUCAAUACGGUACACGUAUUACUAGAUACCACAAAUCUACUACAGCUACGAUUACGGGGCACUCCUCUUGUUUAGGUGUGUGCAGCUUGUCAAUACGGUAUACGUAUUACUGCACACAGUAA